CACUUUUUCACCUUAUUUCUAAAAAAAAAUUACCUUUGCAUCAAGAUGGGAACCUGCUGCUUCUAUUUACAUCUGGAAGUCUACUGAUGCACCUGUUGAUCGAGGAAAAACUCUGUUUAACAAUGAACAACGCUGCCGAGAUGAGGUCUGAUAAUCUGAUUAAUUCGGAGGACAACAGGAGAGCAGAGGAGAGGAGCAGACUGAACUGUGUAGACUUACCUCAGAGCAGUUUAACAGACGGGCAGAACACAGACCUGCUGCGAUGCCAGGAGACCACUGACGACAGCUCUGCUAUCAAGUACAGGAGAUAUGGGUCUCGUCUGGGUGGGGUCAAAGUUCGCCACAAGAGACAGGUGCUGCAGGACAUGGCCCGACCGCUUAAACAUUGGCUGUACAAACACCGGGACAACCCUUAUCCCACCAAGACCGAGAAGGUCCUGCUGGCUCUGGGCUCACACAUGACGCUAGUGCAGGUUUCGAACUGGUUUGCAAAUGCGCGACGGAGGCUGAAGAACACAGUGAGGCAGCCAGACCUGAGCUGGGCCCUGAGGAUCAAACUGUACAAUAAAUACAUCCAGGGAAACGCUGAGAGACUGAGCGUGUGCAGCGAUGACACCGACUCAGAUGAUGAAGAAUGUCCCUUACAAACUCCCAUCAGCCAAUCAGACUUCGGCAGGUCAUCCUCCCACAAGCUGGAGAAGCAGGGCAGCGUCCUCGCCAUGGCCGACUCGGCCAACAGUGACGACAGCACGUCACCUCCAUCCAAGUACAAGAGCAGUUUACUGAAUCGCUACCUGAACGACACCCUGCGGCACAUGAUGGCGGCCAAGCCCGACUGCGUCCCCUCGGCCCGCAAGAGGAGGAGCCACUCUGAGUCGUUCAGCUCCAACGAGUGUGAUCGAGACGUCGUCUCUCCGGCGUCGUCUUACGAAACAGAAGCCAACUUCGUCUACCACAUGGGUGAGAGAUACACAGUGGACUAUACUUCAACUAAAUGUGACAGGGAGCAGCAGCAGCAGGCCCGAGGCCAGCAGAGGCGAGGCGAUCAGGGCUGGAGGGAGAUCCACGCCGCCGUGGCUCUGACCAACUUGGCCCAGGGGCAGAGCUGCACAGCGGGCCAGAGCGGCGUGACAGUGGCCAGAGCUGGCGCGGCGCAGAGCUGCACCCGAGAGCCAUUCUCAGUUAUGAGGACCACUAUCAUAGACAGGAUGUGUGUCACAGGACCUACCGCCGCUCUGAGGCCGAGCUGCACCGCGGGGCCCACUCUCACCAGCCGCAUCAUCCAGAAGUCCUCUCAUAUCUCUGAGGUCCAGACUGUUAACGUGGCCCUGGCAAACAGCGCGUAGGCAUUUCAUUUGAGCAUCUGGUCUAUCGUUCCAUAUAGGAAUACCAGAUGCUUAAGUGCCUUGCAAAAUCUGUACAGCCUCUGUUUUUGUGUAAUGCUGAUAAACUUUGACAUUUUCAAUCAUUUCUACAUUGUAAAAUGGAAAAACUAACCUAAUGCAGUUGAAUAUUUUCUACAUUUUUUGCCAUGUUUCUAAUGUCUUCCUAUUGCCGUCUGUUGCAGUAAGUUAUAUUAACUUCCAUGAGACAGGAUUGUCAUCCAAUGCUAAACUUUGACAGCAGCUAUUUGAAUAAACCCAAUGUGAAAUC